UGGAAGUGAAAGUGAAUGAAUGCCGGAGUCUUAAUUAGAGAGGAGACCUGCGGCUGCGCCAGUCCCUCCGACGCCGCCGCGCACCGCACCCGCGUCUCGUCCCGCCACCUCAGCCGCACGCAAUCGCGACCGCUCGCUCGCAUCGCACCCAUCUUCACAGAACUACCAGAGAUGAGCCGGCACACCUGCCUGGCAGCUGCGGUGCUCGCCGUGCUGUGCGUGGUCGACGCGCAGCGCCGCCUCGCUCUGCCCGACCCCAGGAGUUGCGCUAACAGAGUCCGUCACUCGACAUACCGCGACGCCCGUGGGGUGCUCCACUCAUACUUCUUCAGUUGGGAGCACACCCCCACACGGAACCUGGAGGUGGACUGGCUCGACGCCAGGAACAUCUGCCGGCGCCACUGCAUGGACGCCGUCUCGCUGGAAACACCACAGGAGAAUGAAUUCAUAAAGCAGAGGAUCGCUCGGGGCAAUGUCAGAUACAUUUGGACGUCCGGACGCAAGUGCAACUUCGCAGGCUGCGACCGGCCCGACCUGCAACCGCCCAACGUGAACGGCUGGUUCUGGUCCGGCUCCGGCGCCAAGAUCGGGCCCACCACGCAGCGCAACACCGGAGACUGGUCCUACACUGGCGGCUUCGGACAACCUCAGCCUGACAAUCGUGAAGCUGCACAAGGUAAUGACGAGUCGUGCCUGUCCAUCCUGAACAACUUCUACAACGACGGCAUCAAGUGGCACGACGUGGCGUGUCACCACGUGAAGCCGUUUGUCUGCGAGGACAGCGACGAGCUGCUCAACUUCGUGCGCUCGCGCAACCCCAACCUGCGUCUAUGAAACCCUCCACCUCUCUCGCCUUCUAGUAUUUUAGAUGGCUGACAUUGUACAAAACCAAGUGGCUAUCUAUAUUUAAGUUAUUUAUUAAUUUAACAAUAUACACUUGAAGAUACUUAGGUAUCUCGAUUUAGUGAUAAUAAUUAUUUCUUAAACACUGUGACAGUAACGAGUAUUAAUGUAGAAUAAGAAAAUUAUUUCGCCAAAUCAUCAUCUAGGUAUCUUUUGUAAAUUAUUCUGCUGUCACAUUUUAUGGUCAGUCAUCAUCUAUCAAAAUACCUAGUAUUUUGCAAUGUAUUAAAUUGUUUUGUAAAAAGUUCUGUUUUGCACAGAAUAAGAUUAACUGUAAGUAGUAGAAUAAAAUCAAAAUACUA